AACCCUGCUACUGUGUUCCAUGAGAUAAACCUCACUCCUGAAAGAAAGGAGAAAGAUAAACAAAACAAUGUCAGCUUCUAAGUUUGCACUGUACGGAAUCGGAUCCGCAAUCUUCCGUACCCGUCGAACCGCACCACCAGUAGCUGUUAAUUCUUCAUUUAUCUUCUUCAAACCCAUUCCCUUCACGCCACCGCAAUUCCUCCGCCGCACUUCCUCCUCUUCCGCCGCCGCCGAAACCCUACCCUCCGUCGACCACCCCUGGUCGGAAUGGGUGUCCUUCGUGGACCGCUUGAACGCCAAAGGCUACCUCUCCAAGCCCUCCUCUUCCGAUGACACUGUAAGCCUUUACACCGACAUGAACUCUCUCAAGGACGCUUGUCUCAGCUUCGGGCGCGACCGUUACGACCUUAUCAAGUUGCUGCGGAUGAGCGACAUCCAAGCAGUUGUUGAGGGAGGGUGCCCUAAUCUUCUUCGUAAAGCUGUUAAUUCAGCUAAGAGGCUGAGAGCACACCUGCAAUUAGAUGAAGGGGACGUCUGUGGUGCUUGCAACCUACGAAGCUCCUGUGAUAGAGCUUAUGUGAUUCUAAAGAAUUUUGAAACUGAUGCUCGAACUGUGGAUAUAGUUCGAAUACUUUUGUUCUAUGCACUAGAUCCACUUGUCCUUUCUGGAGGAGACAAACCAUCUGGCCGAGAAGUUAUUGAAUCAUCCGCCAGAAAACUUCUCUGUCAGCUGAUUGAGUUGAGUGAGUCCCCUACUCCUGCCCCUGCUCCUGCAAUUACUCGUUCAAAGCCUACUGCACAAGAUGCUGUGGGAGAAGGCCGGUCUCUAAGUGUUAAAAGUAAUCAGUUGUCUAAAGAUGUUGAGAUGAAGAAAGGUGACUGGAUAUGUCCAAAAUGCAAUUUUAUGAACUUCUCCAGAAAUAUCCAAUGCCUGAAUUGUAAUGAUGAUAAACCUAAGGAUAUUAACCCGCCCAUGGUUCAAAUGAAGCAAGGAGAUUGGACCUGUCCUGAAUGCGAUUUUUUAAAUUUUGCCAGAAACACACGUUGUCUAAAAUGCAAAACAGAGGGACCAACAAAGGAAGCCAAUACUAUUACUGAUGAAGUUGAAAGGAAAAAAGGGGAUUGGACUUGCCCACAAUGUGGUUUCAUGAAUUAUGCUAGGAACACGAAAUGUUUGCGUUGUCCCGAGACAAGGCCUAAGAAACAUCCUGGGGAUUGGAAUUGUACCAAGUGUGGGUUCAUGAAUUUUGCUAGUAAAAUGAAGUGUUUGCAUUGUCAAGAGCCAAACCCUAGUCCCAAGAAAUAUCCUGGGGAUUGGGGUUGUCCCAAGUGUGAUUUCUACAAUUAUGCAAGAAAUUUGUCUUGCCUGAAGUGCAACACUGAACGCCCCAAAGAACAACCAACUACGGACUAUUUUUCGGAUCAUGAAUGGAGGUGACUGAUAGGAGAAAAAAAGUCAUAAGGAUUUUUCAUAUAAGGAGGGAGGUCACAAUUUUGGUCUUGACUGUAAUUGCUAUAGAACACUCAUUCUGUGCCCAUUUUUCUUUCUCAAUCUCCGAAUUAAUGUGAUGCUUAUGUGCUUCUUCACUUUUGAAAACGCCAUAAACAGCCAUUGGUUGAACAUGAAUGUUUUCACGUAGUCAUUUAUAGAUCUCAAAGCAAAUUUAAAAA